ACUUUUAUUAUGAAAACCAAGCUCUUCGCCGCUACUAGGUUACACACUACAAACGGCUUUGAUAUGCAACUGUCAGCAACAGUUGUAACAUAAGACACUGAGCAGUUCAGAAUGCAUUGCUAGAAUUUUCUUCUAACUAUUGCAUAUAAUUAUUAUCGCGGAAAAGUCGUUAAACUGCGAUACCAAGCAUCGGUGGCGUCCUACACUACGGGCAAACUUGUUAGGCUUGGUUUCUAGAGAUACCGUUGCUACACAGCGUAAUGCAGAACGUUGACCUAUGUCGUGCCUUUUCGUCCAAUCAGGAACAAGUACUCGUAAGGAAAAUUUUAAAGCAACCAAUCAAAUGAAAGAAUGAUUGUGCCUACCGGAAGACGGUGUUUUCAAGACUCCGGAGUGAGAAGAAAACACAAGUAGCUCGCAAUUGUUAUUUAACUACAGUUUUACCAUAUCGACGUUUGAAUGUUUGUAAUUUCGCAUGAGAAGAUCAAUGAGAACACGUUCAUCCUCCCCACCACUGCACGUGCACGUGAACGAGAGCACACCUGUGCACGUGCAUGUGAAGAAGAGCACAGAAAGCAGCCCUACCAAGACACCCCAGGUUAAGUCUAAAAGUAGUUUGCGUCCUACUGCAAAAGUAAAGACGAAGGUUCCAUGGAUCCCACCUGGCAAAGUCUCAACUCGAGAGACCCCAUAUAAGUGGGAGGGACCUACUCAUCGUCUGGAGAUAACACCUCUAUCAGAACCCGAACGCUCACAGUCUCCGCUCCGUAGAGAAGAUCUCCUUACUGAUGAAGAAGAUGCUCUGCACGGACGCAUUAACCAGUAUGAGAAGAAGAUCGACAGCCUCAUGACAGAGGUCAGCUCUCUAAAAAAUGAGGUUGAGCUCCGUAAGAAGGAGCAGCUCAUAGAGCGUCAGUCGGAGAGGUUGAGCGCAUCGCAGCGUGUCAUCGCCGAUCAGGAGGAGGAGCUUGCUGAGGUCACCAGGGAGUUGGAGGCCACAGAGCAGGAGAACAACCGUCUGCGAGAGUCCAUGGAGAAGAUGAUGGUUGAAAGUGAUUAUGGGAGAUUAGAGAGAGACAGUCAGCCGUUAGACAAAGAUGCUCUGCUCAGGAAAUUGCUGGAGGCAGAGAUGGACAGCAGCGCGGCUGCCAAGCAGGUCUCGGCUCUCCGUGAAAUGGUCAGCCAGAUGUUCAGGAGUGAGAAAAAACUAUCAGGAUCAGAUUCAUCACUCAUGGCCAGACAGAAGGAACUCUUACUACAGAAAUUGGAGACUUUUGAGAGAACCAACAGAGCCCUCAGGCAUCUCCUGAGAGAACAGCAUAGUCGAGAGAUGGAUUCUCUAAGACUACUGGAGCAGAAAGAUGAUCUUCUGAAAAGGCUUACUGAUGUGGAGGCAGAGAAUUCGCGUAUUCUUGUAAAGCUUCAGGACAAAGACAUUGAGAUUAAUCAGCUCUCUUCCAUGUUAGCCCAUGAAAAGGAGAACUCAAAGACCACCAGUGAACUUUCCAAAGUCCAGGAAUCCACCCGGGCUCAUCUGCAGGGUCAACUACGCAAUAAAGAGUCAGAAAAUAGUCGCCUAAAUGUUCAGAUCAGGAAUCUGGAGCGAACUGUCAGCCAACAGCAAGGGGAGAUUGAUCACCUGCAGGAGCAGUUACAACAGCUCAGGCAGCGGGCAGAGGAUGAUAAGGAGGCCUUGAAAAAAGCCACACGGGCACAGAAACAGCGGGCACAGCGCAGUGAAGACACUGUUGGACAGCUUAGUGCCCAACUCAUGGAGAUAGAGUCUCAACUGGCAGAUACAAUGGCAGCCACUGAGAACUUGAACAGUCGUCGUGCAAAGGAAAUGAAGGAUAAGACACAGCUAGAGAUGGAGAUCACGGUGCUAAACAGUCGUAUCACAGAACUGAUGGAGCAGUUGCACGGACAGGAAGAGAAAGCCAGAUCGGAGAGAGACGGACUGUUAGAUCGCCUUCAUGCACUCACUACUGACAACACUACUGUACGGUUGGAGAACCAAAGCCUUAAGGCCACUUUGUCUGCUUUGGAAGAGAAGCUGACCUUGUCCCAAUCUGAGGUCCAGCAGAUCAAAGUUUCAGUGAAGCAGUAUGAGAGCUUGGUGGACAGCUACAAAGCGCAGAUGCAAAAGACCCGUGCCGAGGCGGACGAGUACUGCGCACGUCUACAGGUGGCCGAACGUGAAGCACAGACGGUAAGAGAAGAGCUGGACCAGGAGAUCCAGCAGGUCAGGAAGCAGCUUCUCGGCCGUCUGGGAGAGCUAGAGCCACUUCCUGAAGCUCUGAGACGCGCUGAAUUUCAACUGCAGGAAGUUCACGAGAAAGAACGUUCCCAAGAAAGGAGAAAUGCUGAACUCAGUACAGCCCUCGCAGAGCUACGAAUUAAGGUGGAUCAGCAGGGCAGUCAGGCAGAUAUGGUGAGACACAAGAACAUGGCGCUACUUGAAGAAAACAAGCAGCUUCAACACAAAGCAGAGUCUCUUGAACGAAAGAUGGAAGAAGUAACCUCCCAAAAUCGAGACCUCAUGCAGGUGAUCGCGAAACGUGAAGAGUCGAUUCACGGCAACCAAGUGCGUCUGGAAGAAAAGUCCCGGGAGUGUAGUAUUCUGACACGGCAGCUAGAAGAUGCGCUCGAAGACGCUCGUCGACAGGUUACCCAGACCAGGGAGCGGGCGGCAUCAAAAGAGCGUGCCACUCAGGCCAAAGUUGUUGACUUGGAAACGCAACUGAGCAGAAUCACAACUGAGCUGAACCAAUUGCGACGGGCCAAAGAGGAGGCGGAUCGGAGAUACCAAAGCCGUUUACAAGAUGUCAAGGACAGACUAGAGCAGUCUGACAGCACAAACCGUAGCCUCCAGAACUAUGUCCAGUUCCUCAAAUCUUCCUAUGCCAAUGUGUUUGGGGAUUCUGCUCUCACUGGAUCUUCAUUCCGGACACAUUCACCAAUCUAAGAACUCUUUUAGGUUCCAUUUCUUAUGUAGGCUGAAAUACGACUAUCUACGAUUUAAAACUAAUGACCUCUUGUUAUGCUUUAAAUUUGAUUCUCUAUCACUUGUUUGUGGCAUAUCUCUUUAGUAUUAUAUGUCCAUGUUAGAAUUAGGAAUCUGGCUUCAUACUGACAAAAUCUUUGUGCCUGUCUAAAUACGGUUGUUAUAAAAGGACUUUUUUUUACAUUUUCAAGGCUAAUUGCAACUCUUAUGCAAUUACUUCACAACCCAUACUGAAAUGAAUUCCUAACUUUUCUGCACAUACUGUAAUAUUGUUAUUAUGGUAAUGGUAAUUAGCCAUUAUAAUAGAUUUAUAUUUAUUCUUCUCUGAACUUUAGAUUUGUUAACUUUACUAACAUAGUAUCUAAAUUUUUCAUUUUAAUCACUAUCAGAUAUAAUCUUAUAUGCAUUGUCUGACGGCUUUGUGAUCUGAAAGUAUCACAUUAAGAAUUUAUAAUCAUGAAUCAUCUUUUUUUUUCUAAAAAUAUAAACAUCCAUUCCUGACCUGCACAAAUUUUAAUUUGGUCAAGUAAAAAAAAAACCACGAAAAUAUUACAAACUCACUCAGGCUUUGUUUAGUUAUAUUAUGUGUUAUCGCAGGGUCAUUCUGUGAAUACUUGAAAAUCUGAUGAUAUUACAAAAUGCCUUUUAUUCACCAUUUGAGCAUAAUAGUUUUGUUUCAAGAUCAAUGUUACACCUUUCAGUAAGGCACAUUUCAAUAACUAAACAUAAAAAAAUGAUGGGUGCUAUCAAUGGUUUACAUUAUUGUAUUUAACCAUUUAUUCAUUGUAAAGUUGCUUUUGUUUUAUGUCAGACUUGCACUAUUGUUGUCUGUUGUAUUAUUUAUAUAAUGCAUUGUUAUGUGAAAUAAAUCACAAUGCUUGACUGUUUAUGAAAUGCAACAAGCAUUUUUUUAAUUGGUGAGAAUAUUUUGUAUACAUAUAAUGUGUAUAUGUACUCAAAGUGUAUUAAAAUCUUGGAAACAAUAUAUAAAAAAAUUGUUGUGACCUUGUCUAUGACAACCAGCUAAAGGAAUUUUUUGUGGUAUUGUGAAUAUUCUGUAAAAUAUAUGUAAAAUGUUACCUUAAUGCCUUUAUUAUUGUUAAGGUCAUAUCAAAGAUUGAACUCAGUGAUUGAAAUAGAACUUUGACGCUCUUAAUCUAAAAAAAAAAGAUUUUUACUUUAGACUUGAUUUCACAGAUAUGGUAACAUUUGCUUUUUUCCAAAAAAGCCUAUUGGCCAUUUUAUGAAGUAACACUUACAGUGAAUGUAAAACUCUCUAAGUGUUAUAAUUAGAAAUACUUAAAAUUUUUAUAAUAUUCUAUUAAAUUGUUUGGGGUUUUUUACAAU